GGAAGGAGCACCAGGCCGGAAGGAGGCCGCGGGAGGGCGGGAGGCAGGAUAGGGCCCGGAGGUGCUGGGCCAGAGCGGCGGCGCCGCCAUGUCCGACAGCGAGAAGCUCAACCUGGACUCUAUAAUCGGACGCCUGCUGGAAGUGCAGGGCUCCAGGCCUGGAAAGAAUGUACAGCUGACGGAGAACGAGAUCCGUGGUCUGUGCCUCAAAUCCCGGGAGAUUUUCCUGAGCCAGCCCAUUCUUCUGGAGCUGGAGGCACCCCUCAAGAUCUGCGGUGACAUUCACGGCCAGUACUAUGAUCUUCUGCGGCUGUUUGAGUACGGCGGCUUCCCUCCAGAGAGUAACUACCUGUUCCUGGGGGACUACGUGGACAGGGGCAAGCAGUCUUUGGAGACCAUCUGCCUGCUGCUGGCCUAUAAGAUCAAGUACCCGGAGAACUUCUUCCUGCUCCGUGGGAACCACGAGUGUGCCAGUAUCAACCGCAUCUACGGCUUCUAUGAUGAGUGCAAGAGACGCUACAACAUCAAACUGUGGAAGACCUUCACUGAUUGCUUCAACUGCCUGCCCAUCGCUGCCAUCGUGGACGAGAAGAUCUUCUGUUGCCAUGGAGGCCUGUCCCCAGACCUACAGUCCAUGGAGCAGAUCCGGCGCAUCAUGCGGCCCACAGAUGUGCCUGACCAGGGCCUGCUCUGUGACCUGCUGUGGUCUGACCCUGACAAGGACGUGCAGGGCUGGGGCGAGAAUGACCGCGGCGUCUCCUUUACCUUUGGAGCUGAGGUGGUGGCCAAGUUCCUGCACAAGCAUGACCUGGACCUCAUCUGCCGGGCACACCAGGUAGUAGAAGACGGCUAUGAGUUCUUUGCCAAGCGGCAGCUGGUGACACUUUUCUCAGCCCCCAACUACUGCGGCGAGUUUGACAAUGCAGGUGCCAUGAUGAGCGUGGACGAGACGCUCAUGUGCUCCUUCCAGAUCCUCAAGCCCGCUGACAAGAACAAGGGGAAAUACGGGCAGUUCAGUGGCCUGAACCCUGGAGGCCGGCCCAUUACCCCACCCCGCAACUCCGCCAAAGCCAAGAAAUAGCCUCCGUGUGCCCGCCCUCUGCCCCAGAUGGUGGAUUGUACAGAAAUCACGUGGCUACAGGGGGCUCAUGCUGGCCCCCCAGGCCCACCCAUCACGGGGAACGUGGAGGCUUGGUGUAUUUUUCUCUUUUUUUUUAUGAAUCAAUAGCAGCAUCCAGUCCCCCAGGGCUCUUCCCGCUUGUACCUACAGCGGCUGCAGGCAGGAUCCUGGGGCUAAGGCUGCAGCUCAGGGCAAAGCAGGGCCAGAUUGGGGAUCUCCAGCCUUGCUUGGCCUCAGGGCUGGCAGCCGGAUCCUGGGGCAACCCAUCUGGUCUCUUGAAUAAAGGUCAAAGCUGGAUUCUUGCCA